AUGCCAGAUCUUUUCUUUGAGACGCAAAAACCAGGCCCGCCAGCAGACAGCGACAUGGGUCGCACCUUCCCCGAUCCUCCCUGCCUGCAUUAUCCUGUCAUCACCGAUAUGCUUCCCCGAGACCCCAAAAGCCUUGGCCGGGCCGAGAUUAUCAGCAGCGGGGAUUGA